AUGUUUAUCCUCAUUCUUCUACCUCUAAUUCCUUGUUCCUAUGCUCUCAGCAGGCAUUCCUCCAUUGGAAAUGUGACAGAGGUCUCACGAAGUAUUGUAAUGAAUCUCGAUGCUCGGAUGACAUGUCUGUAUGAGACACUCGAAAAGAACAUGACAUUGAGUGUCACACUUAGCCCAAUGCUAGAUCCGUUUCCGAUGUCGCUGCGCUUGACGUCGCCAUCAGGGCAGUUCUCUGAGUGGGAAAAUGGCAAUGACGAUGUGUACAUGCACCAUAAUGUCACCGAGGACGGUAUAAAUCUGAAAACUUUGGUAAGGUUGAGCCGUACUGCGGACAGACAAAAUCAUACUUGCGUACCUAUGCUCGACUCACCAUUCUGCUCCUUUCUGUAG